AUGCAAAGGUAUUGCCAUAGAUCUCUAAAUAAGUUUGAUAUUUUUGGUAGCGAUGUUGGCCUUAUCUAUAAAAAUGAUAGUUUAUUUAGGACAGCUUUUGGAGGGAUAAUCACUAUCGCUUUUGCAGCUGCUUUAAUAAUUUUAUUUUUUCAUAAUUUUUCAACGCUAGUUUCCAAGAGUGAAGUUAGUGUAGUAUAGUCUAAGUCGUAUGAUGUCAAUCCAAGUUUGCUUAACUUUACAUAAAACUAAUUCAUGAUAGCAGUUAAAAUAGAUUAAGACAAUUUUAUCUAAAGGCCUACUUACAAAAUAGGAUUUGAGAGAAGACAUUACUACACUUUGGAUAAUGGAACGUUUGUAUAAAUAAAAGAACCUGUUUACUUGGAGCCAUGUUAGAUAAGUCAUUUUUCUUCGCUACCUAAUUAAAAUAUUAAUUGGACUCAAUAGUAUAUUGAUCAAGAUUUGAGUGACUACUUGUGUCUUAAAGAGAAUGCCUUUUUUCCAGUUGGUGGAAGAUAUGAAAGCCCUGAUUUUUUUCAUUUAAAAUUUGUUGCUACUAAAUGUGCUAAUGUGACUGAUCCAAAAAAUCCUUGGUAAUAUAAAUGCGCAUCAAACGAAUAUAUCCAACAAAAGCUGAAAAAUGAAGACAAUCGCAUAAAAUUUAUGUUUUCUAAUUAUUUAUUAUAGCCUGAAAAGUCUUAAGGUGUUACUACAGCUUUUUUAGACUCUUUAAUUUUUAAUAUUCAACCUGAAAAAAUGUACACAACAGCUAAUAUAUUUAUGAACGAAAAAAUUGUAGAAACUGAUGAAAGCAUCUUUCUAAUUAAGUCGAUUAACAAAGACAGUUAUAUAACUUUUGAUAACGGAGACUUUAGAUAACAAAACGCUGUUGGUUAAUUUGAUAAGUUUUGUGAAAUUUUCUUUUUGAGAAGCGCUUUUAGCACAGAUAUAUAAAGAUAAUUUAUGAAAGUAGAUUAAGUAAUAAGCUAUAUAGGUGGCUUUUCUUAAAUAUUUCUUUUAAUAUCUACUGUAAUAGUUAGCAUUUAUAAUGAGUAUGUUUAUUAUUUAGAACUAGCUAAUAGGUUAUACGAUUUUGAACUGUAGCAACCUAAUACAAAUAAUUGUAAAUAAAAUGAUAAAAGACCAAAAUAAAUUUCUAUUUAAAGUUUAGCUAUUUAAGGGAUAGGUCAAUAAACAAAUUAAAUAUUAUCCUCAGGCUAAUUAUAAUUGAAAAGUGAGUAAUAAAUAUAAAAUUAGAAUUAAUUUAAUAAAGAGACAAACAAUUAAAUCAGAAAUGAAAAUAAAAAAAUUACUAAUAGGGAAGAAGCUGGUUUGAUGCCAAUAGAGUAAAUUAAGAACAUAAUUUGUAGCAGAAAAAAGACAUAUAUUAACAUAGCAAAUAACAUACCUAGAAAAAAUCCUCUUUAAAACAAUGAUUUAUCAUACAUAAAAGGCAAUAAAAUAGAUUAAAUAUCUGAAGAAUAAGCAUCAUAAUAAAAGUCUAUAAAGAGUAUUGCGAAAUAUGAACCUGUUUCUGAAUAAAUGAUAAUAUUAGAAGUAGAUAAAAUUAAUUAAGUGCAAUCCUAACAAAGUGACACCAAAAUAAAAGCAGAAAAUGGUUUCAACAACUCUUUCACACCUAAAUCUAUAAACAAUAUCCAUCCACUAAUCUAAAAUUAAUAAAAUUAUGAUGAUCGUAUUUUUGCUAAAACUGAAACUAAUAUAAAAUAAAGUAAAAAAGAGAAUGACUUAAAAAACAAUAGAAAAAUUAAUUCUCUUACAAAUCAAUAAUCUGAUAUUUAUAGUCCUGAAUCAUAAAAUAGCAUCCUUUAAAAAUAUGAGAAGAAGGUAUUUGAAGGCCUUGGGUUUAAUAAUGCACAUUAGUUCUUAGAAAAAGAACUUGAAUUUAUAAUUAAAAGAGAUAGGUCUAUUUAAUUAUCUUACAAAUAUUUUGUUAAUGUAAUUACAUGUGGAAAACUUUUCAAUAAUGAGGAAGUUAAAUUAAUUAAAAAAGCUAAUUAACUUGUCAGAAAAGAUUUAGAUAUUUUUAAUGUCCUAGAUAAAAUAAAAGAAGUUGAAAAGUUAAAAAAACUCUUACUCACAUAGGAAGAAUAGGUUUUAUUUAACUUUUUCCCAAAACCCGUGAUAAAGCUAAAAGAUGAAGUGUAACUUCCUUCAAGAUAAUAGAUGGCUUUAACUUAAAGGUAAAUCUAAUCUCCUAAAAUCAAACUGAAUAGCAAGUCAAAAUAAUGGAAUAUAAACCUAAAAAACAUUACUACUGUUUCAAAAGCUUUUGCUAAAUUCAAAAGCAACCUUAAAAAAAACAGGAUAAAUGAAUAUGAAACUCUCUUUGAGUGCUACGAUAAGAUUAUGCAGAACUAAGAAUCUAAGUAUAAAAAUCAAUUGAUUUACUUACUAGGAGAUGAGAUGAGAAAUAUAUUUGAAACUACUAAAUUAAUGCAAUUUAAAAAAUAAGAGCUGAAUAAAAAUGAGUUCCCUAACAGUUAGAAACUCAUAAGAAAUUCAAGCUCACAGUCAAAUAAUUAAGAAAUGCUGAAUAAUAAAUAAAAUGCCAACUAAGCUUUAUAAUCACAUAAAGUUUCUCACUUCAGAUCUAUUUAAAAUGUAAAAAUGGAUGAAAGCGCAAGUGAUAAUUAAAAUAACAUGAAAAACUUUGUUCCUGAAGAAUUAAAAAUGUAUCAAAUUUAUGAUAAGUGUAAUGAUUAUUUAGAAUAGAAGAACGAAGUAAUAGAAAGUUAAAUUUCGAUAGAAAACAGGUAAAUAGAUGAGGCAUGUGAAUAAAAUAUAGAAUCUAUGUAAAAUAACAAAAUAUGUUUCUAAAGAAAUUUCGAAUAAUUAAAGAAUCCACUCCAAAAUUGA